AUGAAACCGGAGAUGGAGUAUUCCGUCAUGUUGGGAGCGUUUUCUUGCUUCUUCUGGGCUGUAUCUGCCAUAGAACCCUGGAUCUAUUGGCCAACGCACCAUGGGAAACGGUACGGGACCGUGUCCAUGGAAUUCCAGGUGGCUGACUUCGCGGAAUGCAACAACACGUGCGUCUGGAAAGACCUCAAGGUCGUCACGAUGCGAAAGUUGAAGUCCCUUAGCCUACCAAGGACAGUCGACCAAAUGCUCUCGUUCCGGGUCGAGCAGGGUCGCCUUCCCAAGCUCCGCAUGCGGGGUGAUAAUGUUGAGGAUCAACAGAAAAGCAGCAGGAAUCGGGGUAAUGAGUAGACGAAAAGGUCCCUUCUCCACAUCUUGGGGUUUCACCAUUCCUUGAACAUCUUUCACGCAAAUGGACUCUUCAAUGACAAAGCCC